UGGAGAUGGAGAGCUCCAGCCUGCUGUCGGGCCUCGCUCACUUCCUCUCGGACACUUUGUGGCGCGCGGCGGGGUCUCCAGAGGCUCCCCGCGGUGUCCUCAUGGUCCCUGAAGGCAGCGCAUCAGAGGCGGACUUCAUGGCCUCGCGACCCCAGGACUUGGAGAUUCCCGCCUUCUGGGACUCCCCGCUGAGCCACGGCAUCAACGUGUUCGUGGGUCUCGUGCUGUGCUUCACCAUGCUGGGUCUGGGCUGCACGGUGGAUGUGAGCGCGCUGGGGGAGCAGGUGCGGAGGCCCGUGGGGGUCCUGCUGGCCAUCAUCUGCCAGUUCGUCAUCAUGCCGCUCGUGGCCUUCCUGCUCGCGCUCGCCUUCUCUCUGGAUGACGUCGCGGCCAUGGCGGUGCUGAUCUGCGGCUGCUGCCCGGGGGGGAACCUGUCCAACAUCCUGUCGCUGCUCAUGCACGGGGACAUGAACCUCAGCAUCAUCAUGACCAUCUCCUCCACGCUGCUGGCUCUGGUUCUGAUGCCGCUGUGCCUCUGGGUCUACAGCCGGGCCUGGAUCAACACCCCGGUGGUGAACCUGAUGCCCUUUGGAGCCAUCAUCCUGACCCUGUGCAGCACCUUGAUCCCCAUCGGGCUGGGGGUGCUGCUGCGGUACCGGAACUCCCGCGUGGCAGACAUCGUGUUGAAGGUCUCCCUCUGGUCCCUCCUGGUGACCCUCCUGCUGCUCCUCCUGCUGACGGGGGCCCUGCUGGGUCCUGGCCUGCUGUCCUCCCUCCCCCCCUCGGUGUACGUGGUGGCUCUCCUCAUGCCUCUCUGUGGGUACGCUGCAGGUUACGGUCUGGCCGUCCUCUUCGACCUGCCGCCCGCCAGCCGCCGCUCCGUUUCCCUGGAGACGGGAUGCCAGAACGUGCAGCUGUGCACCGCCAUCUUGAAACUGGCCUUCCCCCCGCAGCUGAUGGGAGGGAUGUACAUGUUCCCGCUCCUCUACGCUCUGUUCCAGGCGGCCGAGGCGGGGGUCUUCAUCCUGGCGUACAGGGUGUACCGGAGGAAGGUGUUGCACAAAGAGGAACCAGCAGGGGGGGGGCAGGAUAUGGGAAUCACCUAUCAGAGGUUUGAAGACGACGACGAGGAGUUUGAGUCUUCGUACGGAGCCGUGACCUCCAGUGACCCCAACACCAUCACUCUGGACCCCUGCCCCCCCCACCCCACCCCCGUGUGA